AUGGGGGGGUGUGAGGAUUUUGGGGGGGAUACCAUAGGAGGGGACAUAGGGGGGUUUGGGGGGAGAUACCAUGGGGGGGCACGGGGGGGGUUGGGGGAGAUACCAUGGGAGGGGCACGGGGGGGCCCCGGCUCUCCUGACCCCAUUCUCUCCCCCAGGGCCCUUUCCAGGCCAACCCUUAUUCCCCGGCCCAGCCCCCCCUGGGUACCCCCAGACCCUUCCCCUGCCACAGCCGCCCCCCUACCUUGACCCCGCUGCUGCGUACCCCGAGCUCUACCGCCUCAGCUUCGUCCCCCUGGGCGCCGCUGGUGUCCCCCCCGUGUCCCCGGGGUACCCAGGGGGGUCCCUGUACCUGCCCCUGGUGCCACCGCUGCCCGUGGGGGCUCUGGGGUCCCCCGUGGCCUAUUUGCCCCUGGGGCAGCUGUACCCACCGGGAUCCACCCUGCUGCUGGAGGGGGGCUUGGACAGCACGGCCAGGCUGGGCACGGGGGGCACUGCCAGCGUCCCGCCGCCGCCCGCCGGGUGCCCCCCGGUGCCCGUCCCGCCCGGAGCCGCCGUGCUGCUGCCCCCGCGCAAGGGGGGCUGCCCGGGGGGCUUCCCGGGGGGCUCCUUCAGCCUCUGCUCUAAUUAAAGCCAUGACCGGUGCCAGGGCCGCGCUGCAGCUCCCGUGGGAUCCUCCCAUUCCAGCUAGAACCGGGUUUAAUUGAUGCUUAAUUAGCAAACGCUUGAUUUUAACUUAAACCUGGUGUUUUCACACCCGAAUUCCUUAAAUCCGAGAGGCUGUUUCCAUCUGCCGGGUGUGGGAAGUGUCAGUGAGCGCACAAAUCCCUUGGGUUCCCUGUGAGGAUCGAGAUGGUUUGGGGGUUAUCGAUGGGUUUAUCAAUGGGUUUAUCAAUGAGGUGUUCAUUGGUGGGUUUAUCAGGAGUUUAAUGUUUGUUUGUAGGUGGAUUUUUAUGAAUGGGGUGCUCGUAAAUGGGUUGUAAAUGGGUUUAUCGAUGUGUUUAUCAGUGACUCAUUGAUAACCAAACCUCCGCGAGCUUGGCAGGAACCUUCAGGGAUCCUCAGUCGGGUGUUCUUCUUCUUUUUGGUUGUUAAUUGAUGAAGAAAGAGCUCAGAUUCGACUCUAUUUUAUCUUAAUAUUUCACUUUAAUCUGAAUCUGUGUUCUGUGUGUGUGUGUGACCAUCCCUGACCGUUCCCGAGCGCAGCUCUCGGACUCUCUGUGCUGCACUGAACCUGUGGAGUUUUUAUACUAAAAACCAAAAAUAAAGAUUAUUUUGAAAAUUUAAA